AUUCCUUUGAACUCUCAACACUCUUUUCCUUGUUGAGAAAGAGAAACCUCGUUCAAUGGCGACUGAUGAUGCAAAUUGGAAUCCCCAAACCAACUGGACGAUAUCCUCCGGUUCUCUCCAUACAUCUCUCACCUUCCAAUCAUCUCUCUCUUUCUCCGACGACGAUGAUCAAUCCACCGAAUCCCUUCCUCUUCUCCUACACUCUCCCUCACCAGAUUCCUCCCCUUGCGAAAUCACCAUUAAUUUUGCAGAGAAACACGAACUGAAACAAAUCUACGUUCGAAGCACUGCUCGAGUCUACGAGAUUUACUAUGCACCUGACUUGAAAAGCAACAACGAGUAUCUAUGCACUGUUCGAUGUGGUGUCACUACUAGAGACGGUGAAAUUCUUCGUUCUCAUGGUAUUAACCUAAUCGAUUCUUUGCGUGAUAAAGAUUUUUGUGAUGAAAGUGUUAGAAAUGAUGAUGAUUGGGUUGAAGUCAAAGCUGUUGAUACUCCUUCGCUUAACUCAAUUAGUACUGCUCAGGAUCUUUUUGAAGCUACAGCUGAGACUAAUGACGUGAGUCCUUGCAUUUCUGUUACACUUCGUCUGCUCUCGCUUCAGAGCAAAGGAUGCGUUUGUGUGGAUGAGAUUUAUGUGUUUGGUGAUCCUGUUGAUUCAGAAAGCCUAGAAAGCCAUAAUGAAAACUCAUCCGGCAGUUCUCUCAUGGCUAUGUUUCUUCCUUUAAUGCAAUUAUCCAAGACAACUGGUCUAAAUGCUGUUAGAAAAGAAAAACAAUUUGUUUCGGAAGAUGAUUUGAAGGAAACCCCUCACCCUAGUGGUUCUGUAAUAGAAAAUCAGCUGAAAGGAAAUGAUAGCAUAACUCAUCCUCAUGAAGUUGAGUUGAAAGAGGUUAAAGGAGGUUCAGUGGGUCCAUCGAAGCCAGAAACAUUCUCACAAGCUGCUAAAAUGGAGAGCGACCCUGCUGCUGUACCCUCACAAGCUGCACCAAUGAACAUUCCUUGCGCGGUUCUCUCACAAGUUUCUAUCAAUCAAGGUGAUUUUUUGGGUGGCAAUGUUGAAAGGGCCCUGGAAAAGCUUAUGUCACGAAUGGACAAGAUAGAAGAAAUCUGUUUGGGCUUUCAAGAGAAAAUGGUAAUGCCCAUGAACAGCAUUGAGGCUAGACUCGAGAGAGUUGAGCAGCAACUUGAGACGUUGUCUAAGAAAUGGCAAAACUCGGCAUCUGCUCCUGAUGCUUCUUGUAUCAAAUCGGAAACCACCUCUGGUGAGAAUUUUCUUGAUUGUACUGUUACUGAAGAAAUUGAAUCAGAUAAGAAAUCUUUACAUACAGAGGUACUCAAUGUCUCUCCUCGAGAUAUGUCUGAUUUAGAAAAGACUACUCAAUUGCUCCCAGGUCUUGUAGUUACAGCCCCUGAGUUUUCUGAGGGCGAGGAUGAAGAAGAUAACGCAUCAGAGCAAGAAAUGAAUUUGUCGGAGGGUGAGGAUGAAGAAGAUAAUGCAUCAGAACCAGAAAUGAAUCCUUCAAAUGAUAAACCAAAGCAGUCAAUUGAUGAUGCUUUAUCUUCUGCAUUGGCUAAUUUCUUGUCGUAUUCUCUGUCAUCAGAGCUUCCAAAGUAUGCUAAAAGUCUACAUGUUAAAGCCCCUGAGUUUUCAAAUGAAGAUGAUGACCACGAGAGUGAUAACGAGAUAGUGAAAAAUGACUCAGUUCAUCCCACAGACAGCAAGAAGUUUAGCCACAUCCAAGAUUCGUCUACUAAUUUGUUGGAAAAGGGAGAGAAACUAAAUGAUUACAAUGAUAUAAGCUCUGAAAAGACUACCCAGGAAGCUGAACAAUAUGAUUUUUUUUGUAGUGCACAAGGAGAUCAAGAUGACGGGUAUGUUGACAGUCCUUUAGUCGAACCUAGUCUAAGAAUGGAUUCUAAAGACAAAGUCGAAGACAACAACGAUGGGAAAAUUAGUGGUAAAGAAAGUGACUUUUUCCUGUCCAAUAUAAGUAAUAUUUCGAAUGAGGUUGUUGAUAGUCUGUCCCCCAGUGGUUAUAGAGCAAUGGAAGCCCCAAAAAACACCUUCCAUGAAAACAUCAUAGAGAAUGUUCUUGGAUUUUCACUUGCUUCCCCUGUAGUAGAUUUUGAAAUUCCACUAUUGGAUGUGAAAUUCAUUUCUCAGACAAGUCCUAUUACGGAGGGUUACCUUGAAUCCCUUCUGGUUGAGACACCAGAAACCAGCUCAAGAGAUCCAUCUGUCAAUGUAAGCAGUGAGGAUCUUUUCAUUAAGGAACAACUUAAAGACAACCAUGAUCUCUCAAUUGAGGAGCACUUUAACUUGAUUUCGGUUGACGACGGUGAACCGGUAAAUCCAGCCAGCAAUACUCAUGUUGCUCUUGUUGAAGACUUGUGUUCUUCAGUAACUGCACCUGUGAACGUUGGGGGUGAUACUCUAGCAGAAGAUCAUAAACGCAAGCGUGAAUCUUGAUCGUUUAGACGUUAUUUCACAAUAGCUUUUUUUAUAAAUACGAUCUUCUUGCUUCCGUAUCUUGAUUUUCAAUAGUUAAUAGAGAGUUCUUUGCUUAGAGAGUCAACAGAAGUAAGUCACUUUGUAGAAAUAUGUUGCAGCUGUUCUUUGUUUAUAUUGGCGCGGUUGUAUGGCUAAUGUAAAUAGUCAUAAGUCAAUCAUUCCCUAACUUUACUUGCAGGAGUAUUAUCAGGAGGUGACAUAUUUCCCUUACUUACAUUAACAUGUAAAUAAAAAUCACGAGAAACUGAGAAAGCCUUUUAUUUUGUGGGUUUGGUGUUGCUGUUACCAAAAUUCUUGACAAAAGAAGUAUUUGGUAUGAUUACAUGAUCA